UAGAGGGCUGAACAUAAAGAUGCUGAGAUUUCAAUACAUAACCAUGGCCUUGGUCUUAUAUUUAAAGGGUUCCCUUUCCCAGCUCAAUGAAUGUGGUCGUCCACCCUUAAACACCCGUAUUGUGGGUGGACAAAGUAGCUCAGAUGGGGCAUGGCCAUGGCAGGUUAGUUUACAGAGCCCUGUGUAUAACGGCCAUUUCUGUGGAGGAUCACUAAUCAACAAAGACUGGGUUCUGACAGCAGCCCACUGUUUAUCCAGCGUUAGCAUGUCUAGCCUGACUGUGUAUUUGGGGAAACAGACUUUAAAAGGCUCUAAUCCCAAUCAAAUUGCAAGAAGUGUUAAACAGGUAAUCAUUCAUCCCAGCUACAACAGUGCAACUCAGGACAAUGACAUUGCCCUUCUGCUUCUGAACUCCUCCGUCACCUUCACAAACUACAUCAGACCAGUGUGCCUUGCAGGUCAAGGCAGCAGUUUUCCAGAUGGCACCAGUUGCUGGAUUACAGGCUGGGGAAGCAUCGCAUCUGGAGUGAGUCUGCCAUCUCCUGGUGCACUGCGAGAGGCAAAGGUGCCCACUGUCUGUACAUGUCUUUGUGAUUUUCUCCUGGGACAUGGAUCCAUUACCGCAAACAUGAUCUGUGCUGGUUAUGUCCAAGGAGGUACAGACACCUGCCAGGGGGAUUCUGGAGGUCCGAUGGUGACUAAGAAGGGUGCAGUCUGGGUUCAGGCUGGCAUCACUAGCUGGGGUAAGGGCUGUGCUCAAGCCUAUGCACCUGGUGUAUAUACUCUGGUGUCUCCGUACCAGACCUGGAUAUCCAGCAAUAUCAAGCAGAAUCUGCCUGGUUUUAUCACGUACUAACACAGUGGUAGGACAAGUGGUGGUACUGAUGGACAGGCAGAAUGAAAAUUAAUUUAUUAUCUUAUUUUACUCACUCAUUUUCUACCGCUUAUCCAAACUACCUCAAGUCAUAUCUCAGGCGUCAUCGGGCAUCAAGGCAGGAUACACCCUGGAUGAAGUGCCAACCCAUCGCAGGGCACACACACACUCUCAUUCACUCACACAAUCACACGCUACGGGCAAUUUUCCAGAGAUGCCAAUCAACCUACCAUGCAUGUCUUUGGACUAGGGGAGGAAACCGGAGUACCCGGAGGAAACCCCCGAGGCACGGGGAGAACAUGCAAACU